CCGUUAAAAAUCAUCCGUCCCGCCACUCUCCUCUGCGCAGUGCGCACCGUCUCCCAAGACGCUCUCCAUGACUUCCACCAAUUUCUCCCUUUCAAAACCCCAAAUCCCCUCCAUAUCCCAACCACCUUGGUCAGGCCUCUAUAAACUCAAAACCUCAAAAAACCCCUUCACCAUCCAAGAAAUUUACCAAAGACCCCCUUCACCAUUCAAGCAAUUCGCCAAAACCCCCUUCAUCAUCCAAGCAAUUAACCAAAAACCCCCACUCCCCCCAUUCUCCCACUCAAACUCCCCCUUCCACCGCCCGAACCCCACCGCCUUCGCCGGCAGGAGCAAGAAGAAGCCCGGCGGCCCGUCGACGGGCCGCAUCGAGGGCAACGCCGAGAUCCGCCGUGAAGCGAAAAGGAGGGCCAAGAUCAGAAGCCGCCGCAUUGCUGAGAACCUCUUCUACCGCCUCAAAAACCCUAGCCGCAACCACGCCGACAAUUUCACCGAAGAAGAGCUCCAGAUGAUCGGUCUUGGCUACGAUCGCAUGGUCCGCUUCAUGGAUAAGGACGAUCCCAAUCUCCGCCACCCGAAUGACUGGUACAAGUACGGCGAGUACGGGCCCUACUCCUGGCGUGGGAUUGUCGUCGGUGACCCCAUCCGCGGCCGCUUCACGGAUGAGCGGGUGAGCAUGAUCAGCUCCGUGAGGGACCACGAGGAAUGGGAGGAGAUCGAACGGCACGACAUGGCUAUGGAUUUCACUAGAAGGCUGAGCUCCAUGGAUAAGAGUGUAGGGUUUCGGUAUUUCUGGGUUUUCGUCCGUCAUCCGAAGUGGAGAAUUACGGAAUUGCCAUGGGAGCAGUGGACUCUGGUGUGCGAGGUGGUCCUGGAGGCGGGCAAGAAGCGAUUGGAUAAGUGGAAUCUGAUGGGCCGGCUCGGGAGCAAGGCGAGGGCUCUGAUUACUCAAUGUGCUGCUUGGAUGCGGCCUGAUAUUGUCUAUGUUAAGAGGCCUGUUUAUCAGUGCAGGUUCGAGCCACAGGACGAUUUCUUCAAGGUGUUGGGGCCUCUGCUCGAUCCAAGCACUGAAAACCAGUACCUGUUCGAAUUGAAGCUUGAUGAUGGGAGGGUGGAGAUGUGUACGUAUUUUGGAGGACUCUGCAAGAUUGUGAGAGCUAAUCCAAAGGCUUUUGUGGAUGAUGUGGUGAAGGCUUAUGAGAAAUUGAGCGAUGAGAGGAAAUCGGCAUGUUUGGAGUUUCUGUUGUUGAACCAUCCAGUGGAGUUGUUGCAUCCUUAUACAAAAGAGUGGAAGGCGAAGUUGGAAGAGAUGGAGUUGGGCUGUGAUUCGCCGGAUGAGGAUUUGAGCGAUGAUGAUGGUCAGAGCAAUCUGGGCGGGACCCAGAUCAUCGAUUGGAUUGAAGAUGAUGAUGACGGUAAUGUUGGUGAAGAUGAAGACGAUGAUGAUACGGUGAUAGAUGUGGGAGAGGGUGGAGAUGAGGUAUUGGGGACCAAAGAAGAGAGUCUCAGCGCAGAAGAGAAUGAGAGGUAUUGGGAAGAAGAGUUCCAAAAGGCGUUGAGUAGCUCUAGUGAAAUGGAGAAGUUGGUGAAGAAGAGUGUAGAGGCCUCUACUGGCUACUACAAGAAACAGCUGAGAAUGAUGGAAGAGCACCGAAAGAGUAGGAAUGAAGAGGAAGGAGAUAGUGACAUGGAUGGAGAUGAGAAUGUGAAGGUGGACAAGGACAAGACGUUGAAGCAGAGCCGAGAAGAAUGGGUGAAUGUGGGUCCGAGGUGGCAUGUCAAGAGAAGUAAGAUCCCGCCGGAGCUGUUCCUGAGGGCGGCUGUACGUCCAUUCACUUACCGGAAUCUUGUCAAGGAGAUUGUAUUGAUGAGGCAUGCCAUUAUAGAUGGAGAGAUUAGUGGAAAGCAAUGAAGCCUUUGCUGGGGCAACCAAUUCCUGGUA